AUGAUGAAAGCGUUUUUGGAAAAAUACUUUCCCGCUUCGAAGGUUAUCAUGCUACUCAAGAAGAUAAGUGGAAUACAACAAGCACAAGAUGAAUCUUAUGCCACUUAUUAUGAGAGGUUUCAGUCUCUGAUCGCUCAGUGUCCUCAACAUCAAAUGAAGGAAGAAACCCUACUCACUUGCUUCUACGAAGGUCUCCUACCUCUGAAAUGUGAAAUGUUAGAUGCAGCUGCUGCAGGGAAAACCAUGAUUGAAAACCGCGCCAAAAAUGCCCAACAAUAUGCUGGCGUAGGUCAAUCAACUCGAAGGGUAAAUGAGGUUGUGAGUACCACAGGCCAAGGAGGAGCCUCUGCUUGUGGGGUAUGCUCUACCCAAGGACACUCUACGGAUCAAUGUCCUCAACUUAUUGAGAAUGGUGGGUGGGAGUCUGUGAACGGCAUAGGAGGAUACCAAGGGAUCCAAGGGGGUCCCCAACGUCCAAGUAAUUUCCAACGUCCUCAAGGCUUCUAUCAGAGGCCUCAGGUCCCUCAAAACUUUUCUUCUAAUUCAAAUAAUUUUUCCAAUCCUAAUUAUGAUAAGAUUAUUGAGGCACUAACCAAUUCCACUCAAGCCUUGGUUCAAGGACAACAGAAUCAUACCAAGGACAUUGCAGACCUGAAGAAGCAAAUGGGACAAGUGAUGGACUUCAUGACCAAGUUUCAUGAAAAUGGUAAGCUUCCGAGCAACACAAUUCCAAAUCCAAAGGGAGGCUUUGAAGGUCCAACCAACUGA